GGCGAGACAGCCGCCAUGUGCGUAGAUGCGUGAGCGCAGCGUGGCAUGCGCCGCCAGGCAGAGAGGCGGUGCCCGCGGCGGCGCGCGGACGAUGGCGCGCUGGCUGUGGGCAACGACGCUCCUCGCAGCUCUCGCGGCCGUCGACGCGUGGAGGCCACCUUCACAACCCAUCCUAAUCCCUGUCACUCCCUCGCGUAUUCGUGUUCCACGCCAUGCACGUGGUGCUAUUCGUCACUUGCAUAUACUGGGAUGGCACCUCGAGCUACAAGAAAAUCGUGCCAUUCGUUCACCUUAUUACAACGAGUGCCAGUUUUACAAAGGAAGAGUGCUUUACGAGGAAGAGUCUACUGUGACGGUGACGGAGUGCGAAGGCCAGCUAUAUGGCUUGCUUCAGGUCGGAGGCGAGGAUUUCGUACUCCAGCCGACUCGGGCGGACGGUGAUCAUGUGUUACGUCGGCGUGACGUUCUGCUAUCGGAACGGCCGGCGGCCUACAACCUUACCGGUGACACGGUCACUGACCUUGACAUUGACUUCGAUGAUGACGAGCCAAUGGCCGCUUUUCACGUGCAUCCGCGACACAGUGACCAUUCGGAUGUCGAGUAUUUCCGGAAUAUGCUUCCAAUUACUAGACCUAUUUCAGGCGUCAAAGGACUAUGGCUCGAAUUGGCUAUAGUCGCAGAUCAUACAAUGCUGAAAUUCCACGGUCGAGAACGAGUGAAACAUUAUAUCUUAGCUAUAAUGAACAUCGUCAGUGCCAUCUUCAACGACCAAUCCCUCAAUUCAAACAUGACACUCGUUAUCAAUAAACUGUUUUUGUACGAAGAAAAGGAUCCAGUAAUAAAAUAUGGCAAUGUGAAAAGGUCACUCGAAGCUGUCAAUAAAUGGAAUUACCGGCACUUAAUGAAGCUACCACCAGACAGUACCGGUUGGGAUGCAACGGUAUGGUUAACACGCGCGCAACUCGGAGGCCCAUCGGGAUUCGCUCCGGUCGGAGGCGUUUGCACCAAAAUGCGCUCAGCAGCUAUAGACAGAGAUGAAGGGCUAACCAGCGCGUUCGUCAUUGCCCAUGAACUGGGACAUCUACUGGGUUUGACCCACGAUGGCGAUGGGGAAUGUGAUGCAGACGAGAUCCGCGGAUCAGUGAUGGCACCUACAGUUCUCGCUACACUACACAACUAUGCCUGGUCUUCGUGUUCCAAGCAGCAAUUCCAUGACAAAUCGAAGAAGUGGUGGUGUCUUCACGAGCGCAGCCAGGAUGAGGGCGUUGAGCUAGGGGGCGCCAAGGAGCUCUCGAACUAUGUUUUUACUAUGGACGAGCAGUGCCGCACUGAGUUCGGUGAAGGUUUCUCGGUCUGCAAGUCGGUGAAGGUGAGGUCGGCAUGCGCCCGGCUGUGGUGCGCGCAUCGCUCCAUGCCGCACGUGUGUCGUUCCAAGCGUGCGCCGCCUUUGGAAGGAACGCCUUGUGGUAAUAACCAAUGGUGCGUCGACCGGGUUUGUGAGCCUAUGCCAGGCCAUAGUAUAGAAAACAAGAAGAAUGAAGAACAAAAACCACCCGAGUGGGGAGAGUGGGGCGCGUGGAGCAAGUGCAAUGCUGACUGUGGGUACGGACUGCGCACUCGCAUUCGACGAUGUCGCUAUAAAGGGUCGACGUCAGAGACGGCGUGCGAGGGUGCGGGAUCGCAAGUGGCGACGUGCUGGGCGGGCGCGGCGUGCGGCUCCGCGCGCGACAUGCGAGCCGACGUGUGCUUCCGACAGGCCAGCUAUCUCAUACCGCAUCUACAUCAUGAAGAAUCCAAGAACUGUGAAAUAUGGUGCGUGGACUACGCAGGCGGAGAGCCGGUCAGCUUCGGACCGCUACCCGAUGGAACGCCAUGUAGCUACGAUCGACCUUAUGACAUUUGCUAUCAGGGUACAUGUGUGAAAGGCCAGUGCAAUGGGACGGAUCCAGCCUGUGAGACUUGUCCUGACGGAUAUUGUAACAACAAUACACACGUAUACUCGAGACAACUUGGCAAAGGAUGGACACGUCUAACUGUGAUCCCACAUGAAGCAAACCAGCUCUCCGUUCACAUCGGCACACCGGUCGCAUUAAAUGUAGCCAUCCGGGAACGUCGCAGGGACAGACCCAUCCUCGAACUGGCCAAGCACUCCAGAAAAUUCGAAUUGGACAAUCGUCAAGAUAACUACCUGAAGUAUGACCCGACUGUGCCACAGAACCUCCAGAUAAUAGAAGUGGAUAGUAAUGUUAUUGAUAUUAAGGAGGGAGAACGUUUCGGGUGGGAGGGCGAAGUGGUGGCAGCUGGUAGCUUACUGCGCUGGAGGCAGACUGAAACGGAUGUAUUUAUAUCUUCGUCAGCGAAAUUACAGACUGAUUUAAUGAUUAUGGCAGUGCCCGAUCACCCCGUCCCGCUGUCAGAAUCCGUCGCUGUAGAAGUGUCCGUUAAUUACAGCACUCCCACCGGGCGCACGAGGCCGAUGGAAUACAGAUGGUCGAACGACCGCGGCCCGUGCUCCGUGUCGUGCGGCGGCGGCGUGCGGGCCGUGCGGCCGCGCUGCCCGCGCGACCAACGCUGCGGGCCCACCCGUUACGAACGGUGCAAUACACACAGUUGCGAGUUCUCGUGGGCGGAGGGCGAAUGGGAGGAGUGCAGCGCCACGUGCGGCUCGUCGGGCGUACGCGAGCGACAGCUGUUCUGUAUACCCGGGAACAUGAGUAUAACAACAAGAAGAGAGUUAAUACGACGAAGCGUUUCACCAGCACUUUGCCCCCCCACCAAACCUGAUAAAAUGGAGCCCUGCAAUAGAAUACCUUGCCCCGUUUACUGGCAAGAGAUGCCUUGGACUCAGUGUUCAACGACAUGCGGCCGAGGCGUGUCUCACCGCCCACUCGUCUGCCCGGCGACCGACGAGGCGCUGUGCGGCCCAAAGCCUCGCGAGCGGCGCCGCAGAUGCCGCCUCCGCCGCUGCCCCGCCAAGCCGCCCGUGUGCCCCGCCACUGACGCGACCCAGUACUGCGAACUUUUCACCAAAGACCAGCUUGAGAGGAACUGUGUCGUUCCACCUUUUAGAAAAUAUUGUUGCAACGCCUGUCUCUCUGUUGGAAAGAUUGAUGGAGUAUCUUAAGGAAAUAGAUUGCCGUAUACUUAUUACUUAGUCAUUACAAAUCACUUGACCCUCCAGUCACUAAUAUAGCUCAGUGUUGUAAAGAUUGAUGUCGUAAAUUAACUUGUAAUUUAUGGUCCGAAACUAAUCCUAACUUAAGAGAAAUCGCUUAGGAAAAAAAGAACUAAAUUCUUGAACUUGAACUUUUGAAGAUAUAUUUUUACCUGUGGAAAACAUGAAUUCAUAUUUUAAAUUUGAAUACAAGUAAUAUCUGAUUGAAAUAUGAAACACAAAGACCAAAUUGUCAGUAAGCUCUUUUUGUACUCAGAGGUGAUCAAUUUGCAAUAAUAAGACGUGAAAAUCUCAUUUCAUUAUUGUAUUAUGUACACAUACAAAUACGAUACAAAAAUGUAGUAAAAUUUACCUAUUUUUUUAUUUUGAAUUGCAUAUUUUUAAACGUAUCAACGCGUAUACGUUUGAAUAUUAAAUUCAAGCCUUUAAUUCAAUGAACACUUAAUUCCACUUUUAUCGCUAAUUAAUUUCAAAGUAUAAAUAAACCAUUAUUAAAAAAAAGGAAAUAAUAUUUACUUAAGUAAACACAGUUAUACGAAUAAAUUUAAUAUUUCAUAUUUAAAUGUCGUUACCGCAUAAGUCGUACAUAAAGUUUACCAAGUAUUCCGUUUUCAAAAGGAUUUUUUUUUAUUUUAAAUAACAAUACAACGAUCUAUCGAACAAAUUUACGUUGUGAUGUAUUUUUGUAGUCGAUAUAUCAUUUCUGUUGUCUAGUAUCAAUAUUAAUGUAAGUAGAAUAAGAUUUAAGGUAUAUUUACAUAAUAGGAGAGAAGUGCCAUAAUGUAUACUACACACUUCAACGUAUUAAAUAAAAUAAAUCCAUAAAACA